AUGAACACUACGGAAAAUACUAUCUCCCCUACUAUUAAUCACCCUUCCUCCGACGACAGGAAGAAUAGUCCACCGGCCUUCUUGGACCUUGCUGACUCCGCCGCAAGGCUAGGAAGUAAUCUGCCCGACAUGUCUGCACGUGUCGAGUUGAAACGUAUGGAGCAUCAGAGGCAACGGUUGAUUCAACGCAAGCACUUCGAGGAUCAAAUGCGGGCCCUAGAGCAGCAACAAGCUCAGGAGUUGCUCAGCAUUCCUUACGAUCCUAAUGCCAAUGGCGGCAUUCAGCACCUGGCUGUUUCCGCUCCGACCACUCCUCCUCGCCUAGACGCCCAGCUCAGUGAGGGGGCUCUCAACAACGGCCGCCAAGCCCAUCCAUCAGCCGACUUGGAGUCUCUCUCGAAGGCCGUAGGAAGUGCAGCGGACAAACGGAAAUCUGUGACAUACGCUCCAUCCGUUAACCUAUCCCCUGAUUUAGCCACUGGCCCUUCCGCCAACGGGCACAGCUUUGCCCGCCCCGCCGGGGCUAAGAGUAUGCCUGCGAGCAGGCGCACUUCUGCUAGUAGCCACGACGAUGAGCUCGCUAUCCAUAUUCAAGGAUUGUCUAUGACCGGCGAUCGAUCGAACCGUGCCUCUCCGGUCCCAGCUCCUGUUUCGGCAUCAAUUUUACUCAGAGGGAAUGGACGUUAUGGAGGUGAUGAGGGAGCACGGUAUGCGAGCACGUAUAACGCUGGGAUGAUGUUGGAUGAGCAGUUGGAUCAGGAGAUGCACAAUGCUAUGAGAAAUCUUCCUACUUCGGACGACGACAAGUAUCACAACUCUUUCCCGAACAAGAUAUCGACGGCUUCUGCUGCUUUGGAUUUAGCCCAUAUUCCCCAGACCUCUCCCCGGACGCAUUUCGCCAAUAGGAUCUUGGACACUCGAGAGAAGUCAUCGGAAUGGCCCCAGUUCGCAAGCAACCCCCGUGGUCCAGAAGGCGCAGGCGCGAGGACAGAGCGUCGUACAGUGACCAACCCCAACUUAACUCUAUCUGGCCCCCACGAUGACAUCGCCAGCAAGAUUCUUGUUGGCGCUGGCUCGGCGUCAGGGACCCCUCUACUCCCUCAAGGACCAGCUCCUACUUCUCGACGAGGGUCGCCUCACAGCCUUCUCGAUGCCCUUGGUAGCGCGACGCGCUCGGUGCCUGCGACACCUCUGGGGAUGCCAACAACUGCUUCCCAUCUGCUCAAGACUCCUGGUACACCUCAUACCCCGGAUCUUCAAACCCUCAACGGUCGUAUUGCUACCCCGAAUCUCAUCUCCGACGGUUCUGUCAGCGCCAACGACCUUCAAGCCUCGCUCUCUCGCAUCCCGUCCGGUCCUUACGACAACGGCUCACUGACUUACAAUUCUGUCCAGUCUGGAGCGCGUGAUGAUUACGAUUCAAUCUACGGUAUUGGCAACGGGGCAGAGAGUGCACGUUUCAACACUUACGGCUUUGAGUCUACGACUCGUGCGGCUGCACUCGGCGCUUCCACUCCUGGAGGCUUGUAUCCUUCGCAGAGCGGUACUCGAUACGGACUCGGCUUGUCAAGUCGUGCCAGCACUGAUAGCAAGAUGAACGGACUUCAUGGACCCAAGCACAAGCGUGGUGAUAUGGACCGGGAAUUCAAUCGCUUCGCAGGCACUCGUCUUGAAGACCUACAAGGCGAGAUUCCAGCCCUGUGCAAGGACCAACAUGGUUGUCGAUAUCUGCAGAAGAAGCUCGAGGAAGGUGUCCCCGAACAUCGUAACAUGAUCUUCCGUGAAACGUUCGGUCAUUUUGCGGACCUCAUGACAGAUCCCUUCGGAAACUACUUGUGCCAGAAAUUGUUGGAAUUUUCGACUGAUGAGCAACGAAAUGUCAUCUGCGAGUCCGUUGCGCAGGAUCUUGUUAACAUUUCCUUGAACAUGCAUGGAACUCGAGCUGUUCAGAAGAUGAUUGACUUUUUGUCCACGCGUCGACAGCAGGCUGAUCAUCGGUACAAUGCUCAGAUCCAUUCCAUUAUUCGCGCUCUCAGCCUGCACGUCGUGGUCCUCAUCAAAGAUUUGAACGGUAACCAUGUAAUUCAGAAAUGCUUGAACAAGCUGGCGCCGGAGGAUAAUCAAUUCAUCUACAAUGCCGUCGCGGCGAAUUGUGUCGAAGUGGCCACUCAUCGUCAUGGAUGCUGCGUGUUGCAACGCUGCAUUGAUCACGCAUCAGAGAUGCAGCGCGUGCAGCUUGUGAAUGAGAUCACGUAUAACGCGCUCACCCUUGUCCAGGAUCCUUACGGCAACUAUGUCGUGCAAUACAUCCUUGACCUCAACGAUAACCGUUUCAGUGAUGCUGUCAUCCGUCAAUUCUCAGGGAACGUAUGUGCCUUGUCUGUGCAGAAGUUCAGCUCCAACGUCAUCGAGAAGUGCAUUCGUGUGGCAGAGCACAAUACUCGGAAGUUGCUCAUCGAGGAACUCCUGAACCGCUCGCGUCUCGAAAAAUUGUUGCGGGACUCCUACGGCAAUUACUGCGUCCAGACCGCGUUGGACUACGCUGAUCCUACCCAGAGGGCGCUGUUGGUGGAGGGUAUUCGUCCUGUGCUACCUCUCAUUCGCAACACGCCGUACGGCAAGCGCAUCCAGAACAAGCUUCAACGUGAGCAAAUGGAUCACUUUGGCCCCGGCUUCGCAAACCAGCAGGCCCUCAUGGCCCUCAGCAACCAAGGGAUGGGCGCCGGACGCCACUUGCCUCAAGGGCUUGCCGGCAAUCCCUUGGCGGAAGUCUACGGCGCUUCGAACGGAUUGUACUCCAUGCCAGGGCAGGGAGGGUUCGGACAGACGCACCUGAGUACUCAGAUGCAUUCUCUCCAACCUCAGUCCAUCGACGGCUACGUUCUGCAGAGCAACUCUAGUCACAACCAGGGGUUGCAGGGGUUGCCGCAACCUCAUGGAGGGUCAUUCCCGACUGCGUCGUUUGCCAGCCUCCCAGCCUUUGGAAGUCUCGGAGGUUCGCUGAAUGAUCCUUACCAGCGCUCCGCGUUUGGGUACGGAAUGUAA